CUCCACCUCCUUCCACAUUCCCAUCAAUCCAACAGUUUCUUCCUCUCUCUCUCUCUCUCUCUCUCUACAAGCUUAAGCCAGACACCUGAAGAUUAUCGAAGAGGAAGGUGACCAUCUUCUUCUUGUUCUUCCUCUUGCACGCAUUUGUUCCUCUGAGGUCGCCAUCAUUCAAUUCGCCGCUGGAUUUAUUACAGAAAGCGAGGGAGGAAAAGAAACAGAGCAUCAUUAUCGACCAAGGGAAAAAGGAUUAAAAAGGAAAACAAAAAAAAAGUUCUUCGUUUGACGUUUGUCUUAAUUCAAGCUGAAAGUGGAUCGGGAUUUGUCUUCCCGUUGAAUAAAGGCCCGGUAUGUCUGGUUUUGUUGGUGUACAUUUGUCUGAUCCAUGGCUUCAGAGCCAAUUCACCCAAGUCGAGCUCCGAACCCUCAAGUCUCGAUUCAUAUCCAAGAAGAAUGAAGCCGGCAAGGUCACCGUAGGAGAUUUGCCGCCUAUUUUUGCGAAAUUGAAAGCCUUUAGCGAGAUGUUUAACGAGGACGAGAUAAGGGCCGUCAUGCAGGAAUCAAACACCAAUUUGGAGGAUGAAAUUGAUUUCGAAUCUUUCCUUCGGGCUUUUCUAAAUCUGCAAGCUCGAGCAACAGCAAAAUCUGGCGGUUCGAAAUCCUCUUUCCUUAAAGCUGCCACAACAACUGUUCAGCAUGCAAUAAAUGUGUCCGAGAAGUCCUCUUAUGUUGCUCACAUCAACAGCUACCUGGCGGAAGAUCCAUUUAUGAAGGAUUUUCUUCCCAUUGAUCCUUCGACGAAUGCUUUAUUUGAUCUCGUGAAGGAUGGCGUUCUCCUCUGUAAACUUAUUAAUGUUGCUGUCCCGGGGACUAUAGAUGAUCGAGCUAUCAAUACAAAGCGUGUCCUGAAUCCAUGGGAGAGAAAUGAGAAUCAUACACUUUGCCUCAAUUCUGCCAAAGCUAUAGGCUGCACUGUUGUUAAUAUUGGUACUCAAGAUUUGGUUGAAGCCAGACCACAUCUGGUACUUGGGUUGAUAUCUCAAAUAAUUAAGAUUCAACUAUUGGCUGAUCUCGACCUGAAGAAGACUCCUCAACUUGUGGAAUUGGUUGAUGACAGCAAGGAUGUCGAGGAGCUCAUGGGCUUGCCACCUGAGAAGGUUUUACUUAAAUGGAUGAAUUUUCACUUGAAGAAAGCAGGUUACGAGAAAGAGGUUACAAACUUCUCCUCUGAUGUGAAGAGUGGAGAGGCUUAUGCUUACUUGCUCAAUGCUCUUGCUCCAGAGCAUGCUACUCCCAAUACCUUGGACGUGAAGGAUCCUAAGAAACGAGCAAACAUGGUUCUUGAGCAAGCCGAGAAAUUGGAUUGCAAACGAUAUUUAACACCCAAUGAUAUUGUAGAGGGUUCACCAAAUCUGAAUCUUGCAUUUGUUGCUCAGAUAUUUCAGCACAGGAAUGGUUUGUCAGUUGACAGCAAAAAGAUCUCCUUUGCUGAGAUGAUGACUGAUGAUACGCAAACUUCUCGGGAGGAGCGAUGCUUCCGACUAUGGAUGAACAGUCUUGGUAUCGCCCACUACGUGAAUCAUGUCUUUGAGGAUGUGAGAACUGGAUGGGUCCUUCUAGAAGUUCUCGACAAGAUUGCACCUGGAUCAGUUAAUUGGAAGCAUGCAACGAAGCCCCCCAUAAAGAUGCCCUUCAGAAAAGUGGAGAACUGCAACCAAGUAGUUAAGAUUGGGAAGGAGCUCAAGUUCUCCUUGGUGAAUGUUGCUGGAAAUGAUAUUGUGCAGGGGAAUAAGAAGUUAAUUCUUGCAUUUUUGUGGCAAUUGAUGAGAUUUACUAUGCUCCAACUCCUGAAAAACCUGAGAUCUCAUUCGCAAGGUAAGGAGAUAACAGAUAGUGAUAUUCUGAACUGGGCGAACAACAAGGUGAAGAAGGCAGGGAGAACAUCUCAAAUGGACAGCUUUAAGGAUAAGAACCUUUCCAACGGGAUAUUCUUUCUCGAGCUUCUGAGUUCUGUGGAGCCUAGGGUGGUCAACUGGAGUCUCGUAACUAAAGGCGAAACUGAUGAGGAGAAGAAGCUGAAUGCAACUUACAUAAUUAGUGUUGCUCGAAAGCUUGGGUGCUCCAUUUUCUUGUUACCCGAGGACAUUAUAGAGGUAAACCAGAAGAUGAUCCUUACUUUAACAGCAAGCAUCAUGUACUGGAGCCUGCAACAAGGAGGGGAAUCAGAGACGGAGGGUUCUCCUUCAGCUGAAGGUUCUGUGGAUGGUGAGACUCUGAGUAAUGAGCUAGGGAAUCUGACAAUGGAGGGUGCUUCUACCGAAGAAUCAUCUCAAGUCGAAAAUUCAGAGCCAUCCCUGAAUAGUAAUGACAAGUCCACUGCUGAGGCAGGCUUGCCGGCUGUUGAGAAGGAAUAGUCGGCAAUUGAAUAAUUGUUACUGCAGCCUCUGCUCUUUUGUUUUACGUUUUUUUUUUCCGGUGAAAAUGGAGGGGUUUGGGUUCAGGUUAGUUAUACAGAGUUAUUCUUUGUGGAAUACUUUGCUUACAAAUCGUUCAGCGGAAAGGGGGGUAUAGGAAAAGCAUGUCUAACCACUUUUUUGAGCUAUUGCUCUGCUUGUUUUAGACUAUUCUUUUCACAGAAAAUGCACAUUCAAUGGAACAUUGAAUAUUUGUAUGACAUAAAAGAAAGGGAAAGGAAAAUUUUAAUUUCUUG